AUGUAUAUACAAACCACAAAAAUGCGAGAAUUUUUGCCUCUUUAUAGCGAUGUCAUUGUUAUUGAUGGCACGCUUAAAGCUGAAAGUACGAACGUAGCUUUAAGUACUUAUUCCGUAAUUGAUCAUUUCAGUCAAUCCAGCAUUGUUGGAAUAUCUUUAGGACAAAAUAAAAUGACAGCAGAUAUUAUUAAAGCUAUGCAAUUAUUCGGAAUUGCUGAAAAGGGAAUAACAUUAAUGACUGAUGAUAAUCCAAUUUAUAAUAAAGUAGCAAAAGCCUUGCAACAGAUUCACGUUAUUAGAGUAAACCAUUUCAGGCAAAAAAUGUAUAUUCCAUCUCGAAGUAUGCCAAAAGAAGUAGGAACUAAUUUCAUUAUUAAUUGUAAUUACUGCAUUUUUGAUAUCAAGGAACCUGAUACGUUAGAUUUAUCAUUAUAUAAGUUGUUACAAGAUUACGUUUGUUAUCCCUACGCUGUUAGUACUAUUCGAGCUCUAGUUGAAAAUAAGAGGAAAGUCUGUGCUACAUAUACUAAGCAAUACUUCACUGGUGGCUCUAUUGCUAUACAAGGAGGAGAUAAAUUACCCGAUCGAGAGGAACUAAAAGCCGAAAGUGAGCUAAAAAUCGCAAGUUUAUAUCCUUUAAUUACUGAUAUUAUUCGAAAAAUUGACGUUCAGGAAGAAAGAAUGUAUUCUACCAUAUCCCAGCUUAUUAGCGAGAAACAAUUUUGGAGUCCAUAUGUUGAAGCGGUUUGGUUAUAUAUCACGAUUGCUUUUAAGCCUAGGAACGUUGAUCAUGCUCUACUUCAUAAAUGUAACUUAUCUAAAAGAUGGCGAUUAGAUUGUCAUCCACACUAUGAAAGAAUAUGCCAUCGAAAAGGCCUCAAAUCGGCUGCUGCUGAAAUACCUGACAUUAACGGAAUAGUUCAAUUAUCUGAAAGCUACGGUAACAAUGUAAAUGGAGCAUGGUCGCCAAAUACAACCACAGCUAUUGGUGAUUCAUCUGACGUCGGUAAUUCAUCUUUAUCAAUUCAUCACCAAGAUACUUUAAUCCAAUAA